AUGGUCGAAGAUAUGAGAAUCCACGAGUCCGACAAUUUUGUAGUGAAUGAGAAUGACAUUGAGAAUCAAUUUGAUAUUGAAAGUAAUGAGAAUGAGAAAAGUUCAAGUGAUGUGAAUGAAAAUGAAGAAUUGAAUCGAACAUUUAAUGAGAAUGAGAAAACUUCAAGAAAUUGGGAUAGGAUUGGUCAUAUUAAUAUGACAAACUUUAUAGUUGAAAGAGGUCCAAAAAGAGUCAUUAAGGAAGAGUUUACUAGGGAUGCUUCUGGUAGGAAUUUUUCUUCAUGGCAUUAUAUUAGAGAAUUACCAAAUGGAGAGAAACAAGAUAGGAAGUGGUUGAUAUAUUCAGUUUCUUUAGAUAAAGUAUUUUGUUUUUGUUGUAAAUUGUUUGCAACAAAGAAGCAUCUUGUGGGUUUUUUAGCUGAGGGAGGUUUUAAUGACUGGCAUAAUAUUUCUGAACGACUAAAAAGUCAUGAACGAAGUACACAACACAUUGAGUCAAUUGCUAGUUGGGUGGAAUUAGAAAAACAACUGAAAAUGAAGUUAACAAUUGAUGCAAGUUUAGAAGAACAAGUUAAUCAAGAGAAAAAACAUUGGAAACAAGUGUUAGAGAGAAUUCUUGCUAUUGUGAAAAGACUUGGGCAAAAUAAUUUGGCAUUUCGAGGAGAUUGUGAAAAACUAUAUGAGAAAAACAAUGGGAAUUUCUUACAAAUUAUAGAAUUACUUGCUGAAUUUGAUUCAACUAUGCAAGAACAUGUUCGUCGCAUUUUAAGAGGUGAGACUCAUUAUCAUUAUUUGAGUCACAAGAUUCAAAAUGAAAUGAUACAACUACUGGCAACUGAGGUGAAAAGCUCCAUAAUUAGUAGAAUUAAAGAAGCAAAAUAUUUUUCAGUCAUACUAGAUUGUACUCCAGAUGCAAGUAAUGAUGAACAGAUGUCUCUUGUUUUAAGAUGUGUGAAUGUUUUAGAAAGUCCAAUAUUUGUUGAUGAGUAUUUUCUAGAAUUAAUAAAAGUUCAUGACACAUCAGGGCUUGGUUUGCUUAAUGAACUUUUAGAUGCGUUGAAUAUUCUUGGACUUGAUGUUGAUAAUAUAAGAGGACAAGGAUAUGACAAUGGAUCUAAUAUGAGAGGAAAGAAUAAAGGUGUACAAACUAGGCUACUUGAAAUGAAUCCUAGAGCAUUUUACACUCCUUGUGCCUGCCAUUCUCUAAAUCUUUUACUUUCUGAUAUGGCUCAUUGUUGUCCCAAGGCUGUGUCUUUUUUUGGUGUGGUACAACGAAUAUACUCAUUAUUUUCAGCUUCUACAAAAAGAUGGAAAAUAUUUAGAGAUCAUGUGCCUGGUCUCACUGUUAAGCCAUUAUCAGAAACACGUUGGGAAAUUCAUGUUGACAGUGUUAAAGCAAUAAGAUUCCAAGCUCCACAAAUAAAAGAAGCUUUAAAUUACUUGGCAGAAAGCAAUGAAGAUGCCAAAACAAAAAGUGAUGCUGAAACUUUAGCAACAUAUAAUAUUCAGAAUUUUGAGUUCUUGGUGAGCAUGGUUAUUUGGUAUGAUUUGUUGUUUGCUGUUAAUACUGCUAGCAAGAUCCUGCAAAGUGAAGAUAUGCAAAUUGAUGUUGCUAUCAAAGAGUUAAAGAUUCUACUUUCAUUUCUUCAAAAAUAUAGAGAAACUGGUUUUGAGGAGGCUUUGACUAAAGCUACUGAGAUUGCAAGUAUGAUGGAAGUUGAACCUGUAUUUAUGGAGAAACGAAAAGUUUACAGGAAAAAGCAGUUUGAUGAAAGUGUCAAUGAGGAGGUGACACAAUCAGCAGCAGAGUCAUUUAAAAUUGAUUAUUUUCUUUACAUAAUUGAUCAAGCUAUUUCAUCAUUUAAAACCAGGUUCGAACAAUUUCAGAAUUUCGAGGAGAAUUUCGGACUAUUGUUUGAUUUUGAGAAAUUAAAGUCUGCAGAUGAUGACUCUUUGAAGAAUUUUUGUAUCAAUCUUACAAACUUAAUGAAGCAUGGUGAGAUUUCAGAUCUUGACAAUGAUGACCUAUACCAAGAGUUAUAUAUGUUGCGUCAAAGUUUACCAAAAGAGCUAUCGAUGUGUUGA